UAGGAGUCCUUUGGCACCUUCAAGACCUGCAAGGCUGUCUACGAGCGCAUCAUCGACCUGAAGAUCUGCACGCCGCAGGUGAUCAUCAACUAUGGCAUGUUCCUCGAAGAGCACAACUACUUCGAGGAGGCCUAUCGGGCCUACGAGAAGGGAAUUGCCCUGUUUAAGUGGCCGAAUGUGUACGACAUCUGGAACUCGUAUCUAAGCAAGUUCCUCGCGCGCUACGGGGGCACAAAGCUGGAGCGGGCCCGCGACCUCUUCGAACAGUGCCUGGAUCAGUGUCCCGCUGAGCAUGCCAAGUACUUUUACCUGCUCUACGCGAAGCUGGAGGAGGAGCACGGCCUGGCCCUGCAUGCCAUGUCCGCAUGUCGGGCUCUGCCCGAGCAGCAUAUGCGCCACAUGUGCGUCGAAUUCGCCGAGCUGGAGACAAAGCUGGGCAAGGUGGAUCGAGCCAGGGCCAUCUACGCUCACAAGUGUGCGAUCCCCGCAUCACGGCGGACUUGGAAGGAGUUCGAGGUGCGUCAUGGCAACGAGGAUACGAUGCGUGAAAUGCUGCGGAUCAAGCGUUCCAUUCAGGCCACCUACAACACGAACACGAAUGGUGUGGCUGCCGAUGAUGGUGCUGGCUCCGGACCGCCAGGCGGCGGCCGAGGCCAAGCAGAAGCCCGCCGAGAAGGCUGCCUCCAAUAUCAUAUUGAUAUUGGCGACAGCGAAGACGACGACGACGAUGAGGAGGAGGACCUGCAGCAGCCGAGUGGAGACCAGGCCGAGGCAGGCCAGGCCACAACCAAAACCGAUGACGAGGGCCUCAUCAUGAAGAAAAUGCGCUUCGAACAAAAGGCCAUACCGGCCAAGGUCUUUGGCAGCCUCAAGCCGACAAAUCAAUCCGAUUCCGAUGAGGGAUAA